CACACGUCCAGUCGAUUUUUGAAAUUCUCACCACCCGCAGUGUCCGACCAACGGCGGCGACGACGACGACGACAACGCCGAUCAGCCGAAGCCGUAGCCGGAGCAUUUCAUUCGCAAAAACGCCUCCCGCUCGCAAACACCUCGAAAGCGAUCGAACGAUCGAACGCGUCGUUUUUGAAGGGGUUCGUCUCUUUUCAUUUCGUGUGUUUUGUGUUUGUUUUUGGGUCAGUGCAGCAGCUCGCGGUGCAUCUCGAGGUGCAUACGAAAAGUGUGUGUGUGUGGAUCUGUUAUAGUGGCGCUUCUGCUGUGCUCGUUGUGACAUUGUGUGCAAUUCGGUUAUUGAAUUUCCCUCUCCGCCUCUCCUGGGUGUGCUCGAAUGGUGGUGCCCAACAUUCGGUCGCUAGUAGUGCUGCGCAAGAAGUGUUCUAUGCUCGGUAGUGAGACGAUCAAGUGAUCGAAGCAGCCAGCGCGAAACCGUUACCGUAAGUAACGGCACGAGAGCCACCCGAGAUUCGCGAGACAUUUCUUGCAUCGGAAAGGAAAAGGAAGGAAAGGAAGACAGACAACGCGAUCAAAAUGGGUCCCAAUUCCAAUGGCACGUCGUGGAUGCUGAUGAUGAUGAUGAUGAUGAUGACGACAGUGGUGGUAAUGGUGACAGCCCAGACGAGCCCGGCUGCUGUUGAUCUGCCCGAAUACCUGCACGUCUGCCACCGUGAGGAUCCCAAGCUGACCGAGUGCAUGAAGGAGUCGAUCGAGACGCUACGACCGUACCUGGCACGGGGUAUUCCCGAGCUCGACAUACCCUCGAUCGAUCCGAUCAAUCUGGGCGAUCUGAUCGUGGCGGAGAGCGUCCCCGGGCAGGGUGUCAGCAUUUCGGCCAAGGACAUCAAGGCGUACGGACCGUCCAACUUUAAGCUGAAGAAGCUAACUGUCGUCGAGUACGGUAAGAUCUACUCGUUCGAGCUGGAGCUACCGCACCUGUACGUCGAGGGACGGUACGUGGUCGAUGGAAGGAUUCUGCUGCUGCCGGUGAAGGGAUCCGGCAAGUUCACUGGAAACUUUACCCAGGGUAUCGGCAGUGUGCGCAUCAAGGGUGACCGCAAGCGCAUCAAUGGGCGGGAUCAUCUGUCGCUGGCGAAGCUCGACAUUAAGAUCCGGGUAUCGGAUGGGCGUAUCAAGCUGGAGAACCUGUUCGGUGGUGAUCGCGUGCUGGGCGAAAUCAUCAACGAGACGAUCAACCAAAACUUCAAUCUGCUGAGUACCGAGCUGAUCCCGCUGAUCGAGAAGGCGUUGCAGAGGAUAUUCAAGCGGACUGGCAACAAAAUUCUCGAGCGUUUCCCCGAGGAAGUUCUGUUUCCCUAGGGUUGCUUUGUUUGUGAGAGAAGAAGAAGAAAAAGCAGAAGAAGAAGAAAGGAGGGAAUGGGCCUCUUGCAAUAUGUGAUUAGCGUGGCGCUUUAAUGGAGGGGGGAUAAUCCGUUGUCGAUGUAUAUGUAUUUCGUCUUGACGUGUCACUCUACUGUUUUUGGUCUGCACUUGCCAGUCUGCUUUUUUCGGACAUUUAUUUUCGGACGAUCCACUGCACAAACACACACACCAGAGCGCGCGCCAACUGUUACAACCAGAGGAAAAAGGGAGCAGGGGCUUAGGGAAUCGCAAAUUGAAGCAGCAAAUUGGAUAUCGGGGGAAGGAAGGAAAGAAGAAGUGUAUAUACUAUGUUUAGUCCGAAAGGUCCUGCUGCCGAAAGGACCGCCUGACUUGAAGGCAGAACACGAAUAAAAUAAACCCAGAACCACCGUUUUAAAUUACUC